AUGAACAGUGUAGACUUUGGUUAUCCAAUACCCAGGACGUCGAAUAUCGAGGCUUUCUUAGCUUUACUUAGCAAGGUUUGGGGAAAACCAGCAACGUCGGAAAAUGCAAUUGCUGGAUUUGAAGCAACUCAGAAGCGGUGCCAGAUUAUGCGUUUAUUCAAGAAUCUACCAGUGACCCGACGAAUACCUCUGUUACACAAGUGCUCCCCCACACUAAAUCUGCUGUGGACAAUGAAAAGGAACCUACACCAGUGA